CUUGGCGCAUGCGCGGUGCGUCAGGGGGGCGAGCAUCAUGGCGGCGGCUGUGGCGGCGGCGUCUUCGUCCUCGUCGCCGGGCUUCUCUCCGCCUUCGCCGCCUCCUCCUCCGGCGACGGGGGGCCGCCUGGCGCUGGAGGCGCUGCUGCCGGGGCUGCUGCGGGGCGCUUCUCCGGCGCUGCCUCCGCCAGGCCUGCCCGGGCUGAUCCGAUGCGCCAGGGAAUGCGGGGCCGCGCGCGCCCAGGCAUCGCCUUCCUUGGGCGGCCUCCUCAGCGUCAGCAACGCCCGGCUGGGAAGCAUCAAGACCCGGUUCGAGGGCCUGUGCCUCCUCUCGCUCCUGGUGACGGAGAGCAGCACCGAGACCUUCAGCCAGAACUGCCUGCCGUGGCUCCGGAGCCUCCAGCACCUCAUCCAGUCCCAGGACCCUCCCCCCACCAUGGAGCUGGCGGUGCUGAUCCUGGGGGACCUGCUGGAGUUCUCCUGCCAGCUGCCGGACCUGGCGCGCGAGAUCGGCACCAACCACAUCCCCGGCCUCCUCACCUCCCUCCUGGCCCUCAAGCCCCAGUGCCAGCUCUCCGCCCUGGAAGGAAGCAAGGCCUGCAUGACCUUCUACCCCCGGGCCUGUGGCUCCUUGCGAGGCAAACUGGCGGCCUUCUUCCUCUCCUGCGUGGACGCAGAAGUGCCUCGCUUGCAACAGCUGGCCUGCGAAUGCUACGCCCUGCUUCCCUCGCUGGGCGCCGGCUUCAUGCAGGGCCUCAAAUACACCGAGUGCUGGGAGCAGCAGGCCCACUGCCUCCUGGCCACCCUCCACAGCCUGCUGGGGACCCUCUACGAGGGGGCCGAGACAGACCCCCUCCAUUACGAGGGUCCCGGCAUGGAGAUGGGGCUGCCCCCCUCCGAGGACGGGGAGACCGGCUUCCUCCUGCAGCUGCGCCAGCGCUUCUCGGGGCUCCUCCGGUGCCUCUGCAACAUGCUCAGCAAGGAGUUUGUGGCCCCGGUCACGGUCCCCGUCCAAGACAUCCUGGACCUCGUCUGCCGGGCCCUGGACAUCAACACCAAAAACAUUAGCUGGUUUGGGGACGGCCCCCUGAGGAUGCUCUUCCUGCCCUCCGUCCACCUGGAGGCCCUGGACCUCCUCUCGGCCCUCAUCUUGGCGUGUGGCCCUCGCCUGGUGCGCUUUGGGGGGACCCUCCGCAGGCUCUUCCCGCAGGUCCUGGGCACCUGGGGCGCCGGGAGGGAGCUCUUCCCCGCCGGGCAGGAGCGGCCCUACAGUGCCGUCCGGACGCGUCUCUACCAGGUGCUGGACCUUUGGGUGCAGGUGGCCGGAGCGUCCUCGGGGGUCCUUCAGGGGCAGAGGACCCCCAGCGACGAGGCCUUGCUGGGCCACCUUCUCAGCGACAUCAGCCCCCCAACGGAGACGCUCAAGAUGCGCGAGGGGCGUACCCCUUCUGACGGGAAGCCCAGCGCCCCCAAGAAGCCCAAGCUCUCCUCGUCCGAAGUGGGGGGCCUGGGGGGCUCCCUCCAGCAGAAGCACGACCCCGGGGCCAACAGCAGCGUCUGCUUGGCCGCUUUGCAAGUCCUGAGCCGCACGGUCCUCCUCUCCGGGAGCCUCAUCAAGGAGCAGACCCACAAGCGCCUGCAGGAGCUGACGGUGGUGCUGCUGGUGCGUCUGGGGCAGGCCGAGAGCCCCCCGGGGUCCCCCUUGGCCAGCGCCGCCUGCCGCCGGGAGAUGUACCGCCUGCUGCUGGCCCUGGCCCUGGCCCCCGCCCCCUCCGCCCCCGCACCGCUACACUGCGCCCUCCGCCUCCUCAGCCAGGGACGGGCAGACCCCAACCUCCAGGUGUCGUCCUUCUGCGCAGAGGCCCUGACCGUCUGCAACGCGCUCCUCCACCCGCGGGUGCCCUCCUUGCAGAUGCCUCUGGCCGGACCCCCGGGCCCGCUCCCCAACGGCUCCUCCGAGGCCUCCCCCUCUGCGGCCUCCCCCUCCCCCUUCCGCCCUGCGCCCCCUCUGCCCUUCUCGGCCCCCCGCUUCCCCCCCACACUGCCCCCCGUGGUGGCCGCGGCCUCCUCCCCCUCCUCGGCCACCACGGCCCCGCCCUCCUCCUCCUUGGCGGGCCUUCUCCCCUUGACCGGUUUACCCCCCUCCGCGGCCCCGCUGGCGCCUCCCCGGCUGACCCCCGAGGAGCCCCCCUUCCUGCCCCCCUCCCCCUCGACGGCCGCGGAGGUGGCGGCCCUGGCGGCGGGGGCCAAGCUGCGCCGCUCGGUCUUCGUCCACUACGACAAGGAGGAGGAGGACGACGUGGAGAUCUCCCUGGACAGCGACUCGGACGACAGCGUGGUCAUCGUGCCCAAGGGGCAGCCAGGGAGGGCGCCCAACGGGACCGCGGACGCCACCCCCGCUCCCCCCCGUGGCCCCCCUCACCUUGCCCUUGCUGCCCCCCGCGCUGACCGCCGGACCCUCCUCCUCGUCCUCGCCCCCCUCCCUCGCCCAGGAGGAGGCCCCCCCUGAGCCCCCUGCUGCCCCUCCCUCCGGUGGCGGCCCCCCCCGCCCCCCACCCCUCCUCCCGUUGCUUCCGCCGCCGCUCUGACCGCCCUCCCCCCGGCCCCCUCCUUGCCGUCGACGUCCCCCUCGGUGGCCAUGAUGCUGCCCCCUUCUCCGGCCGCGGCCCCCGCGUCCAGCGAGCCCCUGCUCCCCGCCCUGGUCGAAGAGGACCCCACCGUCAUCAACAUCAACAGCAGCGAGGAGGACGAGGAGGACGAGGAGGACUUCCCUGAAGAAGAGGAGGAGGACUUCUUCGAGGAGGAGGACGACGAGGAAGAAGAGUUUGACGAGGAGGAGGAGGGCGAGUUUGGAGAGAUGGAUGACGAGAUGGACGACGAGGAGCUGGAAGAGCUGGAAGAGGAGGACGAGGAGGACUUUGACGAGGAGGAAGGCCUGACGGAGGAGGAGGAGGAAGGGAUGACGGAGGAGGAGGAGGAGGAGGAGGAAGGGAUGAUGCCCGCCUUGCGCCACCGCAGCGAAGAGGAGGAGGACGAGGAGCCCCCCGAACUGCUCCCCGGGAAAGGGGAGCCCCCCAAAUUGGUCCUGAGGGAGGAAGCGGAAGAGGAGGAGGAGGAGGAGGAGGAGGAGGAAGAGGGGGGCGGCGCAGGGCUGCUCAUGGAGGUGGAGGAGGAGGCCUUCCGCCCAAACCAAGGCUCUGGGAACGAAGGCCAGGAGCAGGACCGGGGAAAGGCAGCCGUGGCCGCCGGGGCAGAACACCCAGUGGCCAUCAAGGAAGAGGAAGAGGAGGAAGAUGACGUCCAGCUUGCAAAGGCAGAGGAGGCCUCUCCGGCCGCGGUCCCAGAGGUCUCUGCUCUCCCGUCGUUGCCACCUUCGGCGAAAGAGAAGGACGGUGAAGCCCCAGGGAAGCCGGAAUUGGCACCUGUUCCUCAGAAGGAGGAGAAGAAAGAGGAGAAGGAGGAGGAGGAGGAAGAGGAAGAAGAGGAGCCAGUGGCCGGGAGCAGCAGCGGCAGCACCAGUAAGGGUCCCGGAGGAGGAGGAGGAGGAGGUCACGAAACCAGGAGGUCCAGGAGAGAGGCGGAGAAGGCCCUGACCAAGGAGGUGCCCAAGGAGGAGGUCCUGGAAGUGAAGGAGGACCAGGAGGAGGAGGCGGCAGCGCUGGACGAGACGGAGUCCAUGCUGGCGGACUUUGUGGACUGCCCUCCGGAUGACGAGAAGGGCUCCCCUGACCCUUGACCCCGAGGCCGGAAAAGGGGGGAGGGGUCUGUUGCCUUGAGCCUCCUCAAGACCUGCUCUGCUUAUUGGGUGUUUUGUUUAUUCUUAAGGGAGGGGGAUGUUGUGGGUCAGGGAUGUUUUGUUUUGUUUUUUACAUUGCCAUCUUCAAUAAAGACUUUUUUGUUUA